AUGCGGGAAGGGUACGAUGGGGACGACAUCUACAUUAUGGUGGAAGACGAGUUCCAGACGGUCGCACAGUCAUAUACCGCACAUCUGCAUCAUGCCGAGUACAGGCGAUUGAUCAAACAAGCACGAGAAGCAGCUCCGAAACCCCUUCCUGAACCUACAUCGCCCAUGUCUGAGAGGACAAAGAGACGACUCAAAUCGGUUGCCUUGCAAAACAAGCAGAAAAAGACGUUGCGACGAGUCCUGAGAGAUCCAACACUCGAAGAUGAGGAGAACGAAGACAACGAAGACAAGAUCGUCGACGACUUGUGGACCGGCACCAGCCUCGCCCCACUGAUGGCCAGUGGCAGUCAACAGAAGAAAUCGCUCGUUGGCUUGGAGGGGAUUUCGAGCAGUACAAAGGCUGGCAUGGGUCUCGCUAGAAUUCAGAACAACAAAGACGGCACUGGCAAUCUGGUCGAAGAAGAUGCACACGUACGGCGCACAUGGUCAAAACGUGACAAUUCCAGUCACCUCUCGACCUUGGGGUCCAUGGAACAGCAGGGAACUUUGCAGGACGGUCUGGCACCUGCACCGACGUCUCGAACCUCUCACCACAGUGUCCGACAGCAUAGGCAAGCUGUAGUUAGCGGCAGCUCAAGUGAGCGUUCCACGGCGCGCAAGUUUGUCGUGGAUCUGGAUGAUGAUUCUGGCGCAAUAGCAACGGUGCAUGAGUCUUCUAGCGGCGCACGCAGAUCAGUGCCACAGUCAAAUGGAAAAGUCGGGUUGAAGGGAAAGGAACAGGACAAGAAAUCGCGACUCGAGGAAGUGCCCAUGUUCAUCAUUUGA